AUGACUGGCCUAGCUUUGCGACGAAAACGAUCUCGAAGUCUACCAUUGCAAAAACGGUCAUUGGAAGUAGUCGCCGCUUUCAAAGGCGACGGCGGUGUCUGUGGUGCAGCGCAUCCUGAAACGCCUCUCUCAGGCGAGCAAGGCAGUGGAACACCUCAUGAUCCUUUUCGAUUGCCUUUGCAGCAUGAGCCUAAUGAAAGUGGGUGCCACCAUUGCAUCACAAAACGUUGCUUUUGUGUUGUUCUUGAUCGUGUCUUGAAUGGUGUUUACAGUAACCUGAGCUGUAAACGCAUCACAGAAGUUGCGGGUUCACGCCAUUUAUGCGCAAAGUCACUUCUCCCGACCUUUGUCUCUCGAAUGAUACGCCUGAUGGAAAUAACUUCUGACGAUACAUUUUAUGACCUUGGGUGCGGCAACGGAUCCGUUCUGUUUCAAGUGGCUUUCCUUACAGGUGCUCGGUGCGUGGGAAUCGAGAUUAGUGAGCACAACGCCAGUGUUGCAAAAGCUGCGUGGGAUAUACUUAAGCCAGAAUUGGAGUCUAUUUCCGGAAGAACGAUGCCCGAUGUGAAAAUAGUAGCUGUAGAUAUGACAAAAGUACUUGCUGAUAAGACAAUGUUCAAUGAAGAAAGGGGGAGAACGGCAAUACUACUAUCCAAUCUCUUGUUUCCAAAAUCAUUGACGCACUAUCUUUCAGAGCGGCUUCGUCAUGUUCCACGUGGGACGCGAAUUCUAUGCUUUGAUGAUCUCUAUCCACAUAGCCGUUCCGUCGCUGCGAUUCGUGAUCCGGAAGCCUUUGAAAUUUUUUCCAUGACGGAUUACCGCUGGCAGGAGCUUAGUGUGGAGUGGUGCACAAUGGAUGGACCGUUUUACAUUCACCGACGAAAUUGA